UGUUCCUUCAAUAUUUACCAUUUUAUGUAUUAGCGGAAGCGGGAUUUCCAAAAUCAAAAUAUUAAAAAAAAAAGAUGACGAUUUCAGCUUCUCAGACGCAAGGUGAUUUGGAGACCAGGUUUUCCCAGUUAAUACAACCCAUUAGAGAUCUGACCAAAAACUGGGAUGUAAAUAUAGCUGAACAAUUAGAAGAUUAUUUGUCUGAGUUAGAGAAGGUAACAAUAACCUUUGAUGGAGGGCUGACAACAAUGAACUUUGCUGAGGCAGCUAUGGUAAUUCAAGGUUCAGCUUGUGUUUACAGUAAAAAGGUUGAAUAUUUAUAUACCUUAGUAUAUCAGACUUUAGACCUCCUUGCAAAUAAAAAAAAACAGAAACAAGGAAAUGAAGAUGGUAACAACAAUGAUGAUGACCAGGGGGACAAUGACGGGGAAGAUGAAGAGUUUCUCACACUAGAUGACAUACAAGAACACAAGAAUAUUGUUUUAAAAGAAGAAAGUGACGAUAAGUGUAUACCACCUAUACCACAGAUGCCCCUAUCCUUAAUACCAUUUGAUGACUGUGACAAGGGAGAUAAACCACUUCUCAGUAAAUCAGGAGAAGUCUUAGCGAGUAGAAAUGACUUCAAGAUGAACACAUGUUCAGUUCACACCACAGGAACUUUACUCCUGGAUAUGACACACUUAGCACUCCUGGAAAAAUCAUUACAGAUGUCUUUUAGUACACAUGAAUCUAUGCACAUUGAUGGACAUCUUACAGACUCUGAACCAAAUUCUAUUCCAAACAAUGUAGACCAAGCCAACAUGUCAGUUGAUCAUGAUGAUAAUGAUAACGCUUUUGAGCCACCCCUUGAAGACCUUAUGGACAUGCCACAGUCUGAUGAUAUCAACAUGCCACCAACAGAUGAAGUGGAUGGUGGGCCACUUAUUGAAGAAGUUCACCAAAAUGCUAUGGAAACUGGGGAUGCUGCUACAGAGGAUAUUGUUGAGUUGAAAAGAUCGAGUAGAAAUAAACAAGUCAAGUUAAUACCUCCUAAACAGACUGUUAACUUGUGGGAACCCAUAGAUCCUCAUGAUGCUGGUAAAAUAGUAGAAAGACCUUUCAAAAAAGGUACAUCUUUUUUGAGAAUACCCGCCUGUUUAGAAGAUCCUACAAGUAAGAAGAGGAAGCGUCGUCCUGCUCCUCCCAAACAACUACCUCUAACAGAGUUCAUUAUGCAACAGACUUCACAAAGAUCAAAGUUUCCAAAGAACAAGCUGAAAUGUCCAACAUUUCCAGAGUUUGAACAGAAAUAUUAUGAAGAAUACAAGAGGAGAUUAUCUAUACAUAAAAAUGAAAGAAAAUUGAGGACAUUUAUACAAGAAGAUAUUGAAGAAGAGGAGGAUGAAGAUGAUGUUGAGAAUAUGAUAGAUGACCCUGGUGAUGAAGGGUUAGGAUUUGAUGCUGGGGACAAUGUAGAUUUAGAUGAGUCACCAUUGAUAGAUGAUAAACUCUUCCAAGCCAUGGAGUUAGCUAUGGAGUCACACCAUGCUGGAUUUGAAGUUUCAAGAAGAUUUAGUGAGGCACAAGUGAUAGACAAGUCCACAGUAAUAAGUGAUUAUGAGGAGUUGGUUAGACAACAUGUGGAUCAGUAUUUAGCCAGCGCCCAGGAAUAUGCUCAGAUAACAGAAUUAUCACAGAGAGUCUCUGAGUGGGAAGACAAAGUCUUACCUAAACUAGCAGAAGAGGAUGAGAGACCACCAUUUGAUAUCAAUAUUUAUGGAACUUUUAUUAUAGACAACUUGGAGAAAAAGAAAAGCAAACCAUUCACACAAAUUGUUAAACAUAAACAGACAUAUGAUGUUUGUCGGACAUUUUUAGCAUCAUUGAUGCUGGCCAAUACAUCAAAUGUAAAGAUUCACCAGGUUGGAAAUUUUGAAGAAGGCAUAGACAAAUAUGAAUUAGAACUAUUAACUACUGUCAGACAUUUUGAGCAGUUGGAAGAAUAUCAAGCGCCAUCUAUAGCCAGUUCAUGAUAGAAUUUACUUUUAUUGAUGUUAACAUGGAUAUUAUGAAGAAUCAUUAAGACAGAUUUUUAAAGAAUGAACUUUUUUAAACAAAGAAAUAGACGCAAGUCACUUUUUAAAGAAAUCUAUCUCAUGUAACAUGUGUAAGCCACAUGAAAUUAUGUACCGUUAGCUUCUAAGGCAAAGUUUCAAAACUUCAGGUGAUGCAACACACAUUAUAACAGUAUAUCUGCUUUUAUUACCACAAGUCACCGAUUUUCUGAUUUGCUGAUGUUUUUAAUAUAUAUUUGUUGUAUGAUGUAAAUGUCUGUAUGGGUGCAAUCAUCUGACCUUGACCUCAUUUCUAAGAUCAUAGGUAAUGUAAUGUUAAUGUGAUGCGUGAAGUUAUGCAUAAACCUUUUUUCAAAGAAUUUUAACAUUAAGAGGGUUUUCAUAAGCCUUGCAAAUAGUCAAGUCCAAUUCAAAUUAUUUUAAAUGAUUUUAUUGAUAAAAACAAAACUAACAUAACUUCAAUCAUAAUCAGUAAAGCAGGCAAGCCAUAUUCAUUUCACCAUGUGCAUUUGAAUUGUAAUAAAGAAUAGUACUGAAAAGUUAUUUUAAUGUUAGAAUCUAGUUAUCAAAUAAUUUAAGCCUGAUACAAAAUAAAAGUAUAAAUAUCUUUGA